CCUGCUUUUGACUGAUGGUCGGACCCUCCGUGUAUGUGUGUGCAGUGUGCAGUAAGCGCCGCCCAUGCUUCAGCUCUAUUCAGAGAGAGAGAGAGAGAGUGAGAGAGAGAGAGAGAGAGAGAGAGAGAGAGAGAAAGAAAGAGAGAGAGAGUGAUACGCAGACUCCCAUCUCACCGUGAGAACAGAACAGUACCUAACCGGACGUGCGUUUUUCUUCCCUACACCGCGCGUUGCUCACGGGGGCGCGGAUCAAGGGGCGCAGCUGGCGUCGGGGGCUCGAACCUGCGGAAAGGACACAGAUCCAGGACCAGGACUGACCCUGAGGAUGAUGAAGCUGGUCAGUGGGAGCUCUGUCGUGAAUGCUGAGGCAGUAUGGGACCAUGUGACCAUGGCUGACCGGGAGCUGGCCUUCAAGGCUGGUGACGUCAUCAAGGUUUUGGACGCCUCCAAUAAGGACUGGUGGUGGGGUCAGAUCGACGAUGAGGAGGGCUGGUUUCCCGCCAGCUUCGUCAGGUUAUGGGUAAAUCAAGAGGAAAACACUGCGGUGGAGGCUGCCGAAAGCUCCAGCGAGGUGCAGAACGGCCACGCGGAGGCCAGUCCCAACCCCAGCACCGACUGCCUGUGCCUGGGCCAGCCCACACAGAACCGAGACCAGAUGAGAGCCAAUGUCAUCAAUGAGAUCAUGAGCACAGAACGACAUUACAUCAAGCACCUAAAGGACAUCUGUGAGGGUUAUCUCCGUCAGUGUAAAAAGAGAAGAGACAUGUUUAAUGACGAUCAGCUGAGGGUGAUUUUCGGGAACAUCGAGGACAUUUACAGAUUUCAGUUGAGCUUCGUCAGAGAUCUAGAGAAACAAUUCAACACGGAGGAGCCUCAUCUCAGCGAGAUCGGACCCUGCUUCUUAGAACACGUCUGUACACAAACAAACACAGAUCCUAUAGACAAACACCAUUAUAUAAUGAGAGAAACUAAUGUGUUUGAAUAUUUACAGCAAGACGGAUUCUGGAUCUACUCUGAAUACUGUAACAACCACGUCGACGCUUGCAUGGAGCUCACACGUCUAAUGAGAGAUGCAAGGUACCAGCACUUCUUCGAAGCGUGCCGACUAGUCCAGCAGAUGAUUGACAUCGCCAUCGACGGCUACCUGCUCACGCCAGUCCAGAAAAUCUGCAAAUACCCUCUACAGCUGGCAGAGUUACUGAAAUACACAGUACAGGAACACAGUGAUUAUCGGUAUGUGGCUGCAGCACUAGCUGUAAUGAGAAAUGUCACUCAGCAAAUCAACGAACGUAAACGACGGCUUGAGAACAUCGACAAAAUCGCCCAAUGGCAGGCUUCGGUGUUGGACUGGGAGGGUGAAGAUAUUCUGGACAGGAGCUCAGAGCUUGUGUACACUGGGGAGAUGUCCUGGAUAUAUCAACCGUACGGGCGCAGCCAAACCAGAAUCUUCUUUUUGUUUGAUCAUCAGAUGGUCCUCUGCAAGAAGGAUCUCAUUCGCCGUGAUAUUCUCUACUAUAAAGGCCGGAUUGAAAUGGAUCGGUAUGAGGUCAUCGACGCCAUCGACGGUCGAGACGAUGAUUUUAACGUCAGCGUGAAGAAUGCCUUCAAACUGGUCAACAAAGACACGGACGAGAUCCAUCUGUUUCUGCCCAAAAAGCUGGAGGAGAAAAUCCGUUGGCUCCGAGCGUUUCAGGAGGAAAGAAAAAUGGUGCAAGAAGAUGAGAAGAUUGGGUUUGAAAUCUCGGAGUAUCAGAAGAGGCAAGCUGCCCUGACCGUUAGGAGAGUCACAAAACAGAAAGGUAUGGGCCGGUCAGUACCUCCAGCAUACCCUCCCCCUUUGGACCCCAUGAACCCUGGGCAGUACCUCCUCCCCGACGGGCAGGCCGACGGAUACGAAUACGAGUCCAAACGCAGCACAUCUCCCUUCUGGCAGAACUUCAGUCGGUUAGCUCCCUUUAAAAAAUAGACCACACAACCACCAGGGGACGGAGACACCAGCCUCUGUAUUUCUGGAAAAGCACUAUUCUAUUUAAGAUAUAUCUACGGACGUUAGGAGGAGCGACACGACACACAAACUACUACAUGAGAGAGGAUGGACCUCGUUUUACGGGGGUUUACCGGUUGUUGUUUUUUCUGGGGUUGUGGGGACAUCUCGCUGGGCAGGUGGCACUGAAUUCUGCACACUAUAUAUUGUAACUCACUAAAAAUAAAACUUAUCCACACACGCUCUUGGAACCCAACCACGUUUUAUUCUUCCUCAGCACUCUUCUCUUAGAGAGAGGUUUUAAAUGAUGAAAUAAGGAUUAUCUUCUGUUGUUGUUUCUUCUUCUCUACACACAAUUUAGAGAUUUUCACCUUUUGAAGCACUACAACACCGUAAUGACUCUGCUCUGUGUCGCGCCGCCCUGGUGUUCCUCCGUGCACUGUGACUAUUCAGGGCAUUCUUUCUCACCCGAUCUCUCUUUUUCUCUAUUGGUCUCAAGUUCCAUAUUAUCAUGUGUUUUCCCAACAUUUCAAGCCUGGACAAAACCUCACCUUUUAUUUACGGGAUGGAUCCUGUUGCACUCUUCGGUUCGUUUUGCAUGAGGUCAUUGCAGGAAGUUUUGUUUGUGUUACUCUAUUCGUACGGGUCAAAGUCUCAAAGAGCAGCGUAUUACGGUCAGCGAAACGGUGACAAAUUCUCUCACGCCAAUCGUGUUCUACAGGAACAGUGGAUGUAAGAGAACCACGUUGACAUUUACCUACAAUCAAUUCAAUCGAUCAGGCUUGAAGUCAUUUUGGUUUGCUGGAGCUUUAAAGACCCGGGACACCUUUAAAGGAGAAUGGUUCUGCUAUAAAAAAGUCUAGUUGGACUGUGGACCGUUGUAGCCCGGAUUAGAUGAGAGCCUUCGCUUCUUUGCUGUUUCCUCUCAGACGUGGUCAGCACAGUCAGACAUCAGACCUGAGAACCUGAUCAGAUGUUUACUAAUAUUACUCAGAUUUUCUUUCCUGCUAAUUACACUAAGGUGAGAACAACACCGCCUCCAAGCCCUGUUUCCAUCUGAGGAAUUCAACAGAUAUCCGUUUGGAUGAGGAACAAUCUAUGGAACAAGAUGACUGUAAUCCCGCCGAUCAACCUCCUAGUGAUGUGCCAAUUCAUCUCUAACGUGCCAAAAUAGUCUGGUUGCCAAAUUGUCCUCAAACAGGUACAUUGGCAUGUGGCAAUGCCAACCCCAUGAGCUGGUACCCCCCCAUGUGACUUCUCAGGCGCAAAUUAAAUCAGCAAAUUUGGUUAUGGCUGCUAGAAUUAGCAUGAUAUAGUUACAUUUUUUGUUGUUUUGAUUAUAUAUAUAUAUAUAUAUAUAUAUAUAUAUAUAUAUUAUAUAUCAUUUAUAUAUAUAAUAUGUAUAUAUCAUUUACACAUAGUAUUUAUUUAUUUAUAUUUGUCCUACAUUAACGGGACUUGUGCAAAAUUUCAUUUCUGUAUAUUCGGGUUUUGUCUGAUUCAAAAGAUAGUAUUUAGUCCAAUCACAAUAUUUAAAGUAUUGCUAUAAAACAUUAUUUAUUCUAUUAUAGUGUGAUAUUUUUCCCAUCUUGAUCCUCUUUAUAUAUUUUAGAAUUUCUGCUGGAGUGUUUUAAGACCCUUUAGGGCACGAAAAAAUGCAAGAGGGUCGUAUGGAAGAAAUAUGUCACACGUGUGUACUAAGUGCCACAUGAAAGUAUUAUUAUGUUACAAAGAAAAAUAUCAGUUUAAUAUUUUUGAUUUGGUGAUCUGAUUGAAAUAAGAACAUUAUAUCAUUAUUUCAUAAUAAACUUCAUUAUGGAUACAACAGAGUGGAACUGAAUAUAUUCUUCCUCUGGUCUUGUUGCUCCUGUCUAUUUGCAGGAUGAAUGUCACAUGCUGUUCUGGUUAUGAAGAAUUACAUUUA